AACCAUUGAUAGACUUACAGCAGCGAGGCACUCGACAUGGUCGCCGUCACUUAUGAGCCGAGUCAGGCUGAUCAGGAGAGCUACAUCUUGUGUGCCGACUGCGGUACUGUUAUACCGUCCUCAAAUGGAGCUGGACUCUGUGUUGGUUGCCUGCGGAACAGUGUGGACAUCACGGAAGGUAUCCCGAAAGAAGCUACAUUGAACUUCUGCCGAGGAUGUGAACGGUUCUUGUCCCCACCUCAAUCAUGGGUCUACGCUCAGCCAGAAUCUCGAGAACUUUUGGCUCUAUGUCUGAAGAAGAUCUCCAGACCUCUCAUGAAGGUCAGGUUGAUAGAUGCCUCGUUUAUAUGGACCGAGCCACAUUCCCGCCGUGUGAAAAUCAAAGUCACGAUUCAGAAGGAGGUGAUGGCCAACACUGUGCUUCAGCAGACAUUCGUCCUUACCCUGGUUGUCCAUACUGGUCAAUGUCCUUCAUGUACUAAGCUGGCCGCGAAGAACACUUGGAAGGCGACGGUCCAGGUCAGACAAAAGGUCACGCAUAAACGGACAUUCUUCUGGCUUGAACAGCUCAUUCUGAAGCAUAAUGCUCACAAAGACACAACCACGAUCAAUGAGAAGCGAGACGGUCUGGAUUUCUUCUACAGCGAAAGGAAUAAUGCCAUCAAAAUGGUCGAGUUCUUAGCCGGAGUGGUGCCGGUCCGAACAAAGUCAUCAGAGCAGCUCAUUUCCUCUGACAAAAAGAGCAAUACUGCAAAUUACAAGUUCACCUACUCUGUGGAGAUCGUGCCGAUCUGUAAAGAUGACCUGGUCUGUGUGCCUCAGUCCCUUGCCAGAUCUUGGGGGAACAUCUCUCCACUGACCAUCUGCUCCCGAGUCGGCAAUUCGAUUCACCUUCUCGACCCUAUGACCCUCCAACAGACCGAUGUCACCGCUCCUAUAUACUGGCGUCAGCCUUUCGACUCCCUAGCCACUCAAUCCGAUCUGGUAGAAUUUGUCGUCCUCGAUAUUGAGCCCUCUGGUCCUCAGCGUGGCAAGUACAUGUUGGCAGAUGCGCAGGUCACUCGGGCCAACACCGGUGGAAAGCAUGACGAUGACGAGGGCAUGGGUGAUGACGGAAUCUACCACACGCGGACACAUCUCGGAGCACUCUUACAGCCAGGAGAUACCGUCUUGGGCUAUCACUUGACGAAUGCCAACUUCAACAGCGAAGAGUUCGAAUCCUUGGACAGCGGACGCAUACCAGAUGUGGUGCUUGUCAAAAAGACAUAUCCCAACAGGCGAAAGAAGGCUAGGCCGAGAAACUGGAAACUUCGAUCUAUUGCCAAAGAGGCAGAGGAUCCAUCGAACGAUCCAACGACAGUGGGCAGAGGAGCGCUUGGACGGAGAGGUGGUGUGGAUCAGAAGAAUGUCGAAAGAGAUUACGAGCUCUUCUUGCGGGAUCUGGAGGAAGACAAGGAUAUGCGAGGCGCAAUCAACUUGUACAAGUCAUCUGGUGUGGUGCCGGAAGGAGAGGAUGUCAAGAUGGCUACAUCUACACCUGGAUCCGGUCUGCACGGAGGCAAGAGACGGGUCAAGAAGGCCACUGCUCCUACAGAUGAGGAUCACAGCAUGGAAGUCGAGGAGGAUGUGGUAGUCAGCGAUGGCGGAGCAGACGGUGACAAUGAGUCAGAAGAAGACUUCCCCGAAAUUGAGCUAGAUGAGCUGUUGGAGCAUUUCGAGGAAAUGGAUAUGCAGGAUGGGGAAGACGGCGAAGAGGCAUGAGUCACAAGCUGCUAGAGUGCGUAGAGUCUAUUCCCGGCGCCGCUUCUCGAAUG